AUCACAUAUAUACUUGCUGCUUGGAUUACACAACCUUAUCUCCAAGCAGAUACACUUUGUAUAUACUGGUUGUGUUUAAUUAAGCAGCAGUUGACAUUCUUGAUCUGUUGUGUCGAUGGUGUAGUACAAAUGCAGCAGGAGCGCAAGUACCACCACAAGGGUUGUUUGCUGCGUACCUCCUUGUACUUCCUUGUGAUCUGUAUGAUGGAUAUGAUUUCGCAUGCAUGUUUGUUGCAUGCAGUACUCCUCCGGCCAGUACUCAAAUCAUAUACUAGCUACCAUAUAUAGCUGCAUCCAAAUCAUAUAUCGUCAGUCGUCUUGCCAAGCCAUCCAACAGGAAGAGAGGGUGUGUGUGUGUGUGUGUAUACAGUACACGAUGGCCGCCGCCGCCGCCGCCGCGAGAUCACCGCUGCUCUUCCUGAUGGUGAUGCUGAUAGCAGCGAUGAUGCCCCCGCCGGCGGCGGAGGCCCACGUGCAGAUCGGCGCGUACAACAAGACGUGCCCGCAGGCGGAGGAGGUGGUGCUCAAGGAGAUGACGGCCAUCGUCGCCAAGUCGCCCGAGCUCGCCGGCGCCGUGCUCCGCCUCUUCUCCGUGGACUGCUUCGUCGGCGGCUGCGAGGCGUCCAUCCUGCUGGACUCCACCGCCAACAACACCGCCGAGAAGGACGCGCCGCUCAACAGGGGCGUCCGCGGCUACGAGGUCGUGGACGCCAUCAAGGCCAAGCUCGACGCGGCAUGCCCCGGCGUCGUCUCCUGCGCCGACACGCUCGCACUCGCCGCGCGAGACUCCAUAAGGCUGACGAAAGGGCCCUUCAUCCCGCUCCCGACUGGCCGGAGGGACGGCAACAGGUCGGUGGCCGCGGACGUGGCCCUCAACUCGCCGCCCCCUGGCGCUACCAUCGCCGACAUCAUCGCCCUCUUUGCCAACAAGUUCAACCUCACCGCAAAGGACGUCGCCGUCCUCUCUGGCGCGCACACGAUCGGCAAGGCGCGGUGCUCGACGGUGUCGCCGCGGCUGUACAACUUCGGCGGGCAGAACGGCUCCUCCGACCCCACCCUCGACGCCAACUACACGGACAUCCUUCGCGGCCAGUGCAAGCCCGGCGACAUCGCCACCCUCGUCGACCUCGACCCCACCACGCCCGCCGUCUUCGACGCCGACUACUACACCCUCGUCGCCGGCAAGAGGGGCCUCCUCUCCACCGACGCCGCGCUGCUCCUCGACCCCACCACCAGCGCCUACGUCGCCGGCCAGGCCAACGCCACGUCCUCCGACCAGUUCUUCGCCGACUUCGCCACGUCCUUCGUCGCCAUGAGCAAGCUCGGCGCGCUCACGCAUCACAAGGGCGAGAUCAGACAGGUCUGCUCCAAGGUGAACCCGCCCUCAUCGCCCAGCUCCAACGCCGCCGCCAGGAGCUACCACCUGACCGCCACCGCCGGUUUGGCAAUCGCUACUCUGGCCGUGGCUCUCGUGCUCUGACUCUGACACGCUACUCCGCCAUUCAUGCCAAAAGCCAGCAGAUUGGUUGCUGUUCAUAUGAUUUGUUGUCUCGAUUUGGAUGUUUUCCUUUGAUUUGCGCUUGCAUGAUUUGGUUUCCAUGAUCUUGCAUGGAAUUUGUUUGCGACGUACGUUUCUCAUUUGAAUUGUAUUGUGAAUCCUGAGAAUAAAUGAACAAUCAUCGAUCUAUC